AUGGUUGGUAUUAGUCAUGAUCUCAAUGUAUUGGGAAACUUAAAUGGUCAUGAUAAUAAUAACAACAAUACAAGUAGCAAUAUAACAAGCUAAAGCAAUAUAAAUAAAUCUUUCAGAAGUGGAGCAAUCCAUAAGUUUCCAGUUAAUAAUAACUUUUUUAGUCCAAAUUAUGCUGGUUAAGAUGAUAAUUAUCUUAGAUAACUGCUGACUCCCUCUGUUAAUGGGUAUAAUUACACAAGCGAACAGACCUGUCUUCAGAGUCCUGAUGACCAGUUCUAAAUGAAUUUUAUGAUGCCUCCUUCAGGAUAAACAGGCAAUUUUAAUAACAAUUUUAUGAUUGGAAAUCCUAAUUAAUCCUAAGUUGGCCCAAAUAGUUUUACUUCUGGUCCAGGAUUAAACAACAUUAAUAUUAUCAAUUAGGCUAAUUCUAUUAAUAACAAUAUCAAUUUAAACAAUUCAUUUCUGAGUGGAGGAAGUGGAAAUGGAGGAGAGGGUUUUGUUUAAAAAAGCUUUUAAUAUAUGGCCUCUAAAAAAGCAGCAUCCAUGCUAAAAUAAUAUUCAAGCAAUAUUUAGAAUUAAGUUUCUAAAUCAAAUGAAAGACCACUUGGCAAGAAAUCAUCUUAAAGUUAAAUUCAUGUUAAUAAGAGUUUUGCAAAUCAGAUUGGAUCAGUCGGGAAAAUAGAACCUCCACAAGUUCCAGCAGCUCCUAGAUCUAAAAGCUAAUUUACUAAUGCUUUAAACAGCAAUAGUAAUCUAAAUAACAAUCAUUAGGUUAGUUAAAAUAAAUUAAAGAGUUACUUGCAUGUUAUUUAGUCCAGUACAAAAUUACUUACAAAGAAUUCUAGUCCUUCCAAUUCUAAGGAUCGAACAAAACCAAUAAAUUAGAGCACUAAGCAUUAUUCUAACACCAAUAAGAUUCUUGAAGGACUUGUAAGCAAUUUUAAGAAAGCUGCACAGAGUAAGAUAGCUAAUUAAUAAGCGAAUGGUAGAAGGGAAAAAGAUGUGAUCGUAAGGAAAAAUUCCUCAAAAAGUUUUCUCAAUAAAAAGGAGUCUACCGGAAGUAAAAUAUUGAACAUGACUGAUGUAGAUAUUAAGAUUGAUUUCGACUAGUAUAAUAAACUAAAUAUUACUCAAUCUAGCCAGGAUAGCAAAUCUAAAACGAGACAAGAGCUUAAUUCAACCCAAGUAAAUUGGAAAAUGAAUUUAAUUCCAGGAUAACAAACAAAAAUAUCAGAUUAAGCAGGAUAAAAGAAGGGUAUCAAUAUACAACCAAGGCUUCCUGGAUACAUCAGCAAGGUAUAAAACAUCAUCAGAAAAAAUAAGGUUAAUUUUAAUUAGCAAUAGUAGCAGCAUCUCAAUCUUAAUUAGACUACGAAUUCAAAUAUUGCAAACAAUGACUACAGAAACUUUAACAAUUAUUUAAAUUCUAAUGAGAGAUCACCUAGCAUAUAAAAUAUAGGAGCGGAUACUUUCAAUGUAAAUGACAUUCAGAACUCUAUGAUAUAACCCUCAUACUAGGUAAUAUAACAUGAGACUAAUUCAACUUCUAAUACUGAGAAUAAAAGAUUCUAAAUUAACUUUGAAGAUUAGUAAUCUUUUAAGCCAAGAUUAAAUAACGAAACCCCUUAAUUGAGAAUUAAUUUGCCUAGUUAUACUAGGAGAACAAAUAAGAAUUAAUCAGAUUCUUCAAAUUUACCAAGUUAGUACGCUCAUCAAAGCACAAUGGGAAACUCAGUUGCUAAAAAGACUCUUAAUAUGACUCAUAACAUUAAUGAAUCUACAUUAUUCGAAAUGAAUCAUACAUUAAACCUCAAUAGAAAUGGUUAAUAUGGAGGUAGACAUAAGAAAAAUAUUUUAAGCAACAAUACUAAUGCUUCAGCCAGGAACAACUAUAUGAUGAAUAUAACCUAACUUCUCAAGGAUAAUAUGCUGGAAGAGGAAGGUGUAGAAGAUGUGCAUUUUUAUUAAGUGGCUUUCAUUAAUCAUAAGUAGAAGAUACUCAGAAAAAUGGAACAUGCCGCUAUGCUAGAAUAGAUGAAAAAAGAAUUGUAUGAAAAAGGCAAAAUUGAUCAAGAUAGAGAUUUAAAGAAGAGCAAAUUAAGAAACAAGCCCAUGAAAAACCUCUAAGACAUUUCAGACUAACUAAUUAAAUAGGAAGUGAAAACAAUAGAAUCUGUAGAUGAACUUGAAAUUUUGUGA